AUGAAGUUUGGUGCAAUAUAUGAAGAGUACCUCCGCUUGGAGCAGGACAAGUACCUAGGACAAUGCUCCCGUGUAGAAUACAAACGCCUCAAGAAGGUACUGAAGAAAUGUCGAGUUGGUCGCUCAUUGCAAGCAGAUGGAGCAAAUGGUGAUGAGAAGCACCAGGGGAGCGAUGAAUAUUCAGGCAUUUGCGAAUGCAACUCAUGCACAUUGUGUGAUGAGAUGUUCUUUACAGAACUCAACAAGGAGGCAUCGGAAAUAGCAGGCUGUUUCAAAUCUAGAGUACAACGUCUCCUCCAACUUCAUGUUCCUUCAGGAAUACAACGCUAUAUAUGGCGUUUUAGACAGUGUUUCAUAGAUGAUCAACAAAUAAUGGUUCAAGAAGGAAGAAUGCUUCUCAACUAUGUGACCAUGAAUGCUAUUGCUAUUCGCAAAAUUCUCAAGAAAUAUGACAAGAUACAUGGUUCUGUAAGUGGCAGAGAUUUCAAGAGCAAGAUGCAAACUGAGCACAUCGAACUGUUGCAAUCACCUUGGCUAAUAGAGCUUGGUGCUUUCCAUCUCAACUGUGACGAUUCAGAUACUGAUGAACUUGGAGCUGGAGGGUUCUUCAAGAAUGGAUUCUUUAAGAAUUUUUCCUGCAACCUGACUGGAGCACAGCCAUUGCUAACAAUGACCAUAUCUGAAACUCUGAAGUAUGAGUACAGCCUAACUUGUCCAAUUUGCUUGGACACUUUGUUCAACCCUUAUGCACUUAGCUGUGGGCAUUUGUUCUGCAAAGCCUGUGCAUGUGGUGCUGCUUCUGUCUACAUUUUCCAGGGUGUCAAGUCUGCACCACUAGAUGCCAAGUGCCCUGUAUGCCGAGUGGUUGGUGUGUUUGGCCGUGCAGUGCAUAUGACUGAACUGGAAUUGCUUCUCAAAAGAAGGGACAAAGAUUACUGGAGGCAGAGACUGCGCGAAGAGCGAAUUGCAAUGGUGAAGCAAUCCAAAGAAUACUGGGACUCGCAGGCCAUGCUAUCAAUGGGGAUAUGAAGUCAAUAUUCUUACCCAUUCAACUGCUGUAACACUAAUGUCUGUCAAUAAUCAGUAAUCACCAAGAUGGUCAUCAAAGCUCAAGCAUGGUUGCUAGCAAGCAUCAGCCAAGGAAGUUAACUGCGCUAAUAUAACAGAUAUUUGGCAUAGCUGGGCCCUGAUCCAUUCCAUUCUGUUGUUCUCCAGCUGGUUCUUCAGAUUUGGAAAAACCGACCAGAUUUAACCAAUUCCUUUUUUCCUCCCUACUAGUUUAGGAUGAUGUAAGAUGUCGCAUUUACUGAUGGUGUACCCUAUUGUAUUUACCUAGUUAUUGAUUCUUGGUGUGUUAUUUACCUGUAAAAUUAAAGGCGAAUGCUGGAAUGUGAUGCAUUUAGACAUGUAGAACUAACUCCA